ACACCUUCCUAACAAACAAUUAACGCCUCCGCGCAUAUAUAGAGAGAGAAAGAGUGCGAGUUUGAAGAGAGAGAAAGCACUGAAAUAAGAGAGAGAAACUUUCAAGCUCCAACAAUGGCGAUUAUAUUGCAGAUCUCGAAACCCUAAUUUCUCUCUCAGAAGCUAAUAUUUUCUCUUUUUUUCCUCGUUAAAGAAAUCAUUUCUUGAUUUCUGCGUUGAGUUUCAGUUCGAGAUCGGCGUUUUUUGGCGGUUCGAUUUCUUGGAGAGUGUCAUUUUUCUUAUUGCGACACUUUACAGCGUCGAUUCUUGCAGUUUUCUUCGCAUUAUACUUUGUUAUUUUCGCUUUUUUUUGCAUUCGUCUAAACUCGCAAGAGUUUCGCAUUUUUUUCCUCCAUUUUUGUAUUGAUAAUAAGUUUUCCGGCGGAAAUUUGCCGGAAUGAACUGAAAAUUUGAGCUCGCUUACGCCGGAAAAUAAGGUUUUCGCCGGAAAAUGGACGACCGCGGUGGUUCGUUUGUCGCUGUUCGCCGAAUUUCUCAGAGUUUGGACCGUGGCUCUUACCAUACGAAUUCCGCUGAAGUUGUUGCGGGAUCAACAGCUUGGAUAGGUAAAGGUCUUUCGUGUGUUUGUGCUCAAAGAAGAGAUAGUGAUGCUCGGCCAUCGUUUGAUUUGACUCCAACACAGGAAGAGUGCUUGCAACGGUUGCAGAGUCGUAUUGAUGUUCCCUAUGACAGUUCAAACCCAGAACAUCAGGAAGCUUUGAGGGCGUUGUGGAAUGCUUCCUUUCCUGGUGAAGAACUUAAUGAUUUGAUAUCUGAACAAUGGAAGGAGAUGGGAUGGCAGGGGAAAGAUCCAUCCACAGAUUUUAGGGGUGGCGGCUUUAUAUCAUUGGAGAACUUGUUGUUUUUUGCUAAAAAUUUUCCGAAAUCCUUUCAGGACCUUCUGCGUAAGCAGGAGGGAGAUCGGGCUAUGUGGGAAUACCCAUUUGCUGUAGCAGGUGUGAAUAUUACCUUCAUGCUGAUCCAGAUGUUAGAUCUUGAAGCAGUCAAGCCACGAACACUGGUGGGAGCAAUUUUUCUAAAAUGCCUAUCCGAAAAUGAUUCAGCAUUUGAUCUGCUCUAUUGCAUCACCUUCAAGCUGCUUGACCAUCUUUGGCUUGAGAUGCAUGCUUCGUACAUGGACUUUAAUGCGGUGAUGAAGGCUACACGCCGUCAGCUUGAGAAAGAAAUGAUGCUUGAGGACAUUAUUCGGCUUGAAGACCUGCCAUCAUAUAGUCUUCUCUCUAAAUAGGUAGCUUUCAAGAGAACUAAGAUGAAAGUUAGAUGCAAGAUGUUGGAAACCUUUAUUCUCUUAUUGAAUUAGUCCAUUCCUUCCACGGGAAAUUCUGUCUUUGAUACCUAACUGGAUGGUGCUGGUCCUAGAAGAUUUGGUGUGCCAUCUUGAAACCCGGAUUCAUUGUCAAUUUGAUUUUAGGAGUGGCUUUUGUAAGCACACACGGUCAUAAAUCAGCAGUUCUAGUACCUAACUGAAUUGCUAUAGGUGUGGCCAGUUUUUAUCUUGUCAAUGAAAAUAUGCCAUUUUUAGGGCUUGGGUAUUCUUAA